ACCUUUAGUCCCUUGCCACCGUGGCCAAGCUAGUCAGGAGGGAGUCCGUCGUCGAGAGCAGUGCGCGGAGCGCUUUAUAGCUGGAGGACCGAGCGUAUAUCGCGGCCGUCCAUGUGAUUCGUUUCGGAAAACGAGCGAGCGACGACCGUACAGCUUCGACGCGUCGCGUUUCUUCCACCGCGUCGGCUUUCAUCAAGCGAUAUCGGCUUCUUCAACCGCAUGCAUCAGGAGUCCAAUUCCAAUCCAAAAUAUCCAAUUCAACUUCAAUUCAACUAAGGGUGACUGCGGUGACAUUGAAAAUGCAUAAAGUGAGUCAACCCUCUUGGUUUUAUGUAAAGCAGGUGGGGCAACAGUCCUCGAGGUGCUAAAGUCUAUGCACGGAACUCGCUGCCUUUCGUUCAAUCUGAGCUGCAAUUAUGUCCUAGGCGAAGUUAUCUACAUCUACUUUCUUCUUUCAAACACCCCAUAAGCUCUCCCUCCAAUAGUCCACGUAUCGAACCCUCGAUUCUCGUUAACUGCUGGAAGAAGAGCACAAUAUGGCAAACCAUAUGCGCAUCUCUGUCGCUACUAACCAUUUCGAAGUCACACGUCUCCCGACUGCCGCGUUUUAUCAAUAUGACGGUGCAAAUAUCUCCCGAGAUACCAAGCAAGUUUUCUCGUCGCGCCCGCGAAGUCAUCAACCAGCUCCAGACGGAGCAUGCCUCCCACUUCACCCCUCGUGCGGUCUACGAUGGUGGCGCUAUUUUGUAUUCGACUCAUCGCGAUAUUCCGACACAGGUGUUCACUGUCCAAUUCAGCCCACGCCUUCUCCACCAAGUCCGAUUCACUCCAGUCAAACAGGUUGAUCCUAACGCCCUUCGCAGCGCAGUGGCGAACAAAGGCCGUAUCGACAUUAGUGUCGUCACUCUAUUACAGCUCAUCGUGAGGCAAGCGCCAUCCAUACGUCAUGUCAACGCUGUGCGAGCUCGCUCAUUCUAUAGUAAUAAAGGCGAGAGGGAUAUUGGUGGAGGACUUGUCGCUUGGCAUGGGUUCUUCCAGUCCAUUCGACCAACAAUGAACAAGAUUGUGAUCAAUAUUGAUACCACGACAGCGCCAAUGUACAAACCAGGUCCCCUUAUUCAGGUCGCGGUCGAAUUCCUCACUGACGGCGGGAAUACCCAGCCCAAGAAUAUUAGAUACCUGGAGGCACUCACUCCUGACUCUGUCGAUUGGAGAAAACUCGAGAGAUUUUUGAAGGGUGUACGUAUCACGACCACUCUCCCUUCUGCUUCCAAAUGGAAGAGAGGCACUGGCAAGUCCAUCAAGGGUCUAGUUUCUCAGGCUGGGUUGUAUGAGUUCAACAAGGAUGGAAGGCCCAUGACUGUCCAGCAAUACCUCCGAGAGCAGUAUAACACAAGGACAAACUAUCCCAGGAUGUUCGGCAUCAAACUCAACAAGGAUGCUGUCAUUCCUGCAGAAUACUGUGAAAUUCUUCUGGGCCAAUUCUUCAAGAAGAAUCUUGUGGAGAGCCAGAGAACAGCAAUGGUCAAGAUGUCCACCAGAAAGCCAAUAGAUAGGCUUAACACCAUUCAAGGGGCUGUUGCUGGUCAGGAUCAAUUAUUUGACUAUGCUUCUUCAGACUUUAUGCAAGCAGUUGGCAUGCAAGUCUCCACUACACCUAUCACUAUUCAAGGCCAGGUGAUACCUUCUCCUGAAAUCCAGUUCAAGAAGGGAACUCCUUCUCUUAGAAUCAGGGAGGGUAAAUGGAAUGUUAGGGGUGAUAUUCAACUUGCUCUUCCAGGAAGGAUCUUCAGCUGGGCUGUUAUCUACUUUGAUCAGAAUGCAUCCAGGCCUGUUUUAGAAGGCUUUAUCACUAAGCUGCAUGGGAACCUCUUACAGAGAGGCAUUGCUAUCAACCCUGCCUAUGUACCUGGUCCCAACUUUCCUAUUCAGAUUGGAAAUCCUCAUCAGGUUUCACAGUCUUUGGAGAGUCUACUUGCUCAGGCAUCUUCUUCAGAUAAAAAUAGUGGAAGGUCUAUACCACCCACCAUCAUUGUGGUCAUCCUUCCAUCUUCUGCUGCUCAGAUCAAGAAACAGGUCAAGUACUGGGGUACUGUGACCAAGAGUGUAGCAACUCAGUGUGUGAAAGCUGGCAAGUAUGAGAAAGCAAAUGACCAGUAUCUGAACAAUGUGGCAUUGAAGAUUAAUGCAAAAAUUGGGGGUGUGAACUGUUAUGUUCCAUUGACAGAGAAGCUCUUGACUAAGACCAUAGUUGUUGGAUGUGAUGUUUCUCAUCCUGCACCUAGUGUAGACAACAGACCUUCCAUUGCUAGUCUUGUUGCUUCUGUGGAUGACAAGGCCACUGUAUAUACUGCUCAAAUUCAAGUACAAGAGCCUCAUGUUGAGAUCAUCCAGAAUCUCAGGGAUAUGGUUUGGGAGGCCAUCAAGGACUAUGGUCAAAAAUACAAUUUCAAGCAAACCUUGGAUCAUCUCAUUGUCUUCAGAGAUGGUGUGUCUGAAGGAGAAUAUGACCAAGUCAGUCAGCAAGAGAUUGGACAGAUUGAAGUUGCUCUGAAGAGGCUUGCUGCUGAAGCUAAGAUGCCUCAGUUGCCAAAGCUCACAUUUAUCAUAGUAACCAAGAGGCACCAUGUUCGCUUCUUCCCACAAUCUCCGCAAGGAGCAGAUUCAUCAGGAAACUGCCUGCCUGGAUUGGUUGUUGACAAGGAAUUGAACCAAGGAAGGGAUUUCUAUCUCCAGUCUCACAGUGGCAUUAUUGGCACAAGCAGGCCUAGUCAUUACAUUGUUCUAAGAAAUGACAUGAAUUGGAGCAUUCAACAAAUCCAGGAACUCUCUUACUACUUGUGUCAUGUGUAUGCUUCUGCAACCAGGGCAGUUUCCUUCCCUGCACCUGUGUACUAUGCUGAUCUGGUGUGCGCGAAGGCGGAAUAUCAUAUUGACCCUUCUCAAUGUGACCAGCUUGACAACGCAUCCACUGCCGUCAGCGGCGGCGAGUUCCCAUUGAAAGAAUGGCAACGAGCCGUCAGGCCAAGCGGAAUCCGACGUAGUUUGUACUUCCUUUAAUCCCCUGACCCUACUUGAAGCUUGAAGCUCUAUAGCGUACAUUGCUCGCAGUCCCUGUAUGUUUUAUGUUGUAUGCCACCCCCUCUUGUAUUGUCCCAUGCCAUAUGCACUACUAGAGUUAUGUGACUCCAUGUUCUUCUAUG